AUAUGAAAUGACAGCUAAUGUCAAAAUAAAAACAAUUUCAGUUUAAAUUGGGUUAAUUGGGUGGAUAACUAUUUUUUAUUAAAUUUCAUAAAAAAAAAUCAUGGCUGAAAGCAACGAUAUCCAGGAAGGUUUCCUGUGCCCUAUUUGUUUAAAGGACAUGAGAUCCCCCAAUAAUCUAAUAACACACUUUCAGGACUUGCAUUCUGAAGAGCAAGAUAUUUUAAAAUCUAUCAAAGGUAUAUACGGUAAAGCAAAGAAGAAAAUCUUCAAGCUAGACGAUCAAGAACUCCAGGAUUUUAAAGAAUUGAAUUUAAACCAACAUCAACCGGAAUACAAGGAACCCUUGGAUCCUGGACCUACUAGAACUCACACUGAUUAUUUUAAGACUGUUAGAAGGGAGAGACUCGAUCAUAGAACCGCUGAGACCAAUAAAUUGAUCAUUAGACUGGAUAAAUUGUUAAGAACGUUUGGUUCUGACCGAAAACAGCAAGAACAAGAACUAGUUCAAUGGCUAGACGGGUCAACUGUAACCAGAUGCCCUUCUUGCGCUGCUAGUUUUAACAUAGCUCGAAGACAGCACCAUUGUAGGUUAUGUGGCAGUAUCAUGUGUAAUAAUUGUUCCUAUUUCUUACCAUAUGACAUUGCACAGACAAUUGUUGCUCCAGUCAACACAGUAAGCGAUAGAGAACACUCGGGCAAAGAUACAGAUAGUUUAAGGAUAUGUCACCAUUGUUUGGAUAUGUUAGAAUCAAGGCGUAGAGUUCAGAUAAAUCAAAUGAAGAAGCCGACAAUAUGGCAUUUGUAUUCCUUACUCCAGUCCAAUAAAAAGCAAAUACAAAACUCUGUUGAGUUGUAUACGAAAAUGUAUGACUCUCUGAUCUCCGGUAAAACAACUUUUCUACUGCAAGAUGUUCAGUCUCUGAGAUUAUCAAUCGCAGAGAAGGCUCAAGUAAUUGAAACUUUAGGGAAAAAAAUUGCUUCCGAGUCAGUGGAUCCAGAAUCACCGAAAGCGGCUUUAGUUCAGGCAAAUAUCUGGAAAUCUACAUCAAAUUAUAUAAGGGACUUCUUAUUGACAUUACCUGUUCCUCCAACUGUUGAAGAGCUUGAAGAAAUACGUAAAAGGUGGUCAAGAUUGUCUGAUGAAGAUUUCCAGGUUGAUCCCAGCACAGUUCAAAAAGUGACAGUAACUACUGGCUGGUCUCCGGCUAGUAUAGCCAACGAAGUUAAAGAUGAAGAAGAUAAUCCUUUAAUUCAACAAAUAAAAAUAGUUCAAAGUUAUAUAGCUCAAGCUAGACAAGCUCAUAGGUAUGAGGAGGUAGCUUCUCUGGAGCAAAACUUAAAAAUGCUAAAAGAAAAUUACAGAAAACAGCGACUUGUAGCCCAAAACAGAUAAUAAGUAUUAUUUUAUAAGUAGGAAAAUAUACACAUUCCUUGUUUGUGUUCUGCUCUGCAAUUUUCUUUGUUAUAAGCUAGUCAAGAAAUAUAUUAUUUUAUGUAUAUUUUCUGUAAUAAAGAUGUUCAGCUUUU